AUAUUUGCAAUUUACGUAUUAACGCAAUACAACAUAGUUGGGAAAAGCAUUUAAACACGUUGAACUUCCCUACCGCAUUUUUCUUACAUGGCUACAUUAAUCUCGGUUUCAGCUCAGUCUAGUGCUGUGUCAAAAUAGACUUUAUUCCAUUUAGUUAAAGUAAGUUUCGGGUAAAUUAAGUUUGUAAACAAACGAUGUUGACAUUUGAAGGAAAUUCAGACGGCCCACUGACCGGAAAUUCGUUGGACGAGUGGUGUAAAAUAAUGUGUAAUCGAUUUUUCUUAUUUUCAGGUUUGGUUUUCAAGCAACGGAAAUAAAAAUAUACAUUUUAUUAUUGAUAAUGAAGUUAUCUACGCCCAGAUACACAUUUUGUUUAUUUUUUCAGCUUAUAUUCAUGCUUUGUGAUCUAUUAUUUAAUUGUGUUAGCUUAUUUCCCCGGAGUCGUGAUGGGCUUCUUGUAUUAUUCAUAUUUCAAGAUUUAUUCCUCGUGUUAUCCAUUACAACAAUGCUGAUGACAUUCUUCUCAACAUAUUUAUUUCAAGCCGGGCUGGUGGAGGUGCUGGCGCGCAAGUUCCGCGCGGCGGGCGCCGUGUGCGCGGCCUACGUGCUCGCCAGCGUGGCGCUGCACGCCGCCUGGCUGCUGGACAAGUGGGCCGAGCCGGAGUCUGUCUCCACACCGCUGCUAAUCUGCCUGUUCACUCUGCAGCGCUGCCUGUCUCCAUGGUACUAUUUCUUCUACAAGAGAGCAGCACUACGAGUCAGCGACCCCCGCUUCUAUGAAGACAUAGAUUGGAUCAACCAGCAACUACAGGCUCAUUAAAUUAAUUCUUUAUCAAACAAACCUAUUUAUAUGGACUGAUAUAAGAACGAUGGACUGUAUAAUCAUUUAAACAUUCAUAGUUGUCUUCUUGAUGUCAUAAAUUUAAUUUUAUUUAGUUGAUCAGUAGGUAUCUUAUACUUAAAUAAACACAUGAGAUCUAGAGAAGUAUCCUCCUUAAGUAUAUAAAUAAUUGUUUAUCCUUUCUUACUUGUAGGUUGUAUGUAUGUAGGGGUACCAAAGCCAGCUCGUCUUUCCAUACAUAGUAAUAUAUACAUAUGUCACAUUCCUACCUGUAAGUACUUACAUACUUACAUUUUUAUAUGAUAUAAAAUGUUGAUGUGAUCUUAUCAAAUGUAACCUAAUUUAUGAUAUUCUAGUCAACUAGGCGGUUAAACUACUUUUAUUAGAAUAAAAAUGUAUUUUUAAAGAAUUAAGGUAACCUUGUUAUUAUUUACUAAUUACCGAAACAAUCCUAGGUACCUCAUCUAUUUAAGACGCAAUUCAUUCUCUCUCUACUUUUAUAACUGAACCGCUGUUUUAAACGGUUUUGUACGACAUAAUUAUAUAUUUAUUUAGUAAUUAGUACUUUGGCUAGGUAUGAGUAUUUACAAAACCAGUAACUUCGGCAUAAAUAAUUCGGGAGUCUCGUACUAGCUGGGAAUCGAUGCAGUCGUGCUGCUGACGCGUAUAUUUGUUUAAUACAAAUUAGAAUUUAACGCGGCGUAAGCCGUUGCUAGUCGUUUUGUAAUAGCCAUGAGUGAACAACUCGUGGCGAAUGAGCUGCUGGCGUUCCUGCAGCAGAAGCUGGACGUGAUGGACGAGGUGUCCGCUGUCUAGAUCUGCGCGACGAACUUCAGCGAGGAUGACGCUCAACAAGAGCGACCACUUGGUGUCCCGUAGACGUGACGGGACAAUUCAUUCAGGAUUCAUUCAACGCAUUCAGGAUGUCAUCACGCUGCUAAAGGAGACCGAUCCUGACGACGUGCCGACGUUUGUGGCGAAGGAUCUGAAUAAGCUUCCGCUCAACACCUUCGACCACGUCGACAUUACGAGCCUGCUGAAAGACAUCGUCUUUCUAUCUAAAGGCAAGUCUUGCGGAUGUAAGAAGUUAGAUGCAUCCCAAAUUACUGUCGCCGAUUUGCUCAGCGAACUUAACGAGUUGCGUAAAUCGGUGACUGUAACUGGGUCACCUGUGGGUGCAUCGAACGUAAACAUGCGGUGCGGAGCGUCGAUGUAUCCGGUGCAAGUUUCGCGACAGCAGUUCUGUCGCCAUCGCCGCUGUCACCGCCGAAUGCUGAGCCGGCACAGUGCGCGCUACCCCGCUCCCGUCCCUGCGGCUCCUCCGCUCGCCGCCGCUCGACCGCUCGAACAGCUGCCCGUUUCUGCAGCGUCGACGAAACAUCAAGAUGUACGGCGAGACUACGCUCGCGUCACCGGUAGCAAAAUUGAUGCUACGAAGAAGCCCAUGCCCGUAAAGGGACCGAAUCGGGCUGACGAUGAGGGGCACGUUACGGUGCAAAGGAUGAAACGCCGUCAGCGGACCAACAAGAAUCGCUGCGGCACGGCUCCUAUUGAGCCAAACACCAAAAUUCGUGCUGCCAAGCCGAACACCCCAGUAUACAUCUCCCGCCUACACUACACGACUAAGGUGGAGGACAUCGUGGAGUACGUGCGUCAGAAGCUGAAGUACGCCCCGAGAGUGCAGCUGCUGGAGUGGCGCCAUAACGCCAACUUCAAGGCGUUCGUGGUGCGAGUGCCGACGUGUUUCCUGCGCCUCGUGUUGGACGACAACUUCUGGCCGCAGGACGUGGUGCCCCGUCGCUUGCGCGGGCAAGUGCCGCAGGACCGCACAGUGACAUAGUGAAGUGCUUCUAACAUAGUCUUAAGUUAUAUACUAACAAUUUUGUAUAACAUAUGUAUGCUAGUUUUUAAGGUAUUUAUCUAUGGGCCCUUGAUGCCUAAAAAUAAAGAUGAUUUGAUAAACGUGAA